GGCAGGUUUAUAGCCAGAGAGGAUCAGCUGACGCUCUGCAUUGCAGACUGCGGAGUCGGGCGUCGCCAUGUACACUCUCUUCCUCCUGGCCAGCCUUCUGGGCGCGGCUCUAGCCAGCCCUGUCCUGGGCCUGAAGGAAUGCACCAGAGGCUCAGCAGUGUGGUGUCAGAACGUGAAGACGGCAGCUGAUUGUGGGGCCCUGAAGCACUGUGUGCAGACCGUCUGGAACAAGCCGACGGUGAAAUCCCUUCCCUGCGACAUAUGCAAAGAUGUCAUCACUGCAGCAGGCGACAUGCUGAAAGACAAUGCCACCGAGCAAGAGAUACUCGUGUACUUGGAGAAGACCUGUGACUGGCUGCCUAAUCCGAACUUGUCUGCCUCGUGCAAAGAGAUGGUUGACUCCUACCUCCCAGUCAUCCUGGACAUGAUUAAAGGACAAAUGAGCCGUCCUGGGGAGGUGUGCUCUGCCCUCAAUCUCUGCGAGUCUCUUCAGAAGCAUCUGGCAGAACUGAAUCACCAGAAACAGCUCGAGUCCAAUAAGAUCCCGGAAAUGGAUGUGGCUGAGGUGGUGGCUCCCUUUAUGGCCAACAUCCCCCUCCUCCUGUACCCUCAGGACGGCCCCCACAGCGAGCCCCAGCAGAAGGCUGGUGGGGACGUCUGCCAGGACUGCAUCCAGAUGGUGACGGACAUCCAGAAUGCUGUAAGGACCAACUCCACCUUUGUCAAGGCCUUGGUGGACCAUGCCAAGGCGCAGUGUGACCUCCUGGGGCCCGGCAUGGCUGACAUGUGCAAGAACUAUAUCAACCAGUAUUCUGACAUCGCCGUCCAGAUGAUGAUGCAUAUGCAGGAUCAGCAACCCAAGGAGAUUUGUGGCCUGGUUGGGUUCUGCGACCAAGUGAAGGAGAUGCCCAUGCAGACUCUGAUCCCUGCCAAAGUGGUCUCGGAGAACAUCAUCCCUGCGUUGGAACUGGUGGAGCCCAUUAAGAAGGACAUGGUCCAGGCGAAGGCUAAUGUUUACUGCGAGGUGUGCGAGUACGUGGUGAAGGAGGUGGUCAAGCUCAUUGACAACAACAGGACUGAGGAAGAAAUACUUCACGCUUUGGAUAAAGUGUGCUCAAAGUUGCCUACGUCCUUAUCCGAAGAGUGCCAGGAGGUGGUGGACACUUACGGCGCCUCCAUCCUGUCGAUCCUCCUGCAGGAGGCGAGCCCUGAGAUCGUGUGCAGCAUGCUCCAUCUGUGCUCCAGCCAGGGGCUGCCUGUGCUGCCUGUCCAUGUGAUUCAGCCCAAGGACGGUGGCUUCUGUGAGGUGUGCAAGAAGCUGGUGACCUAUUUGGACCACAACCUGGAGAAAAACAGCACGAAGCAGGAGAUCCUGUCUGCUCUCGAGAAAGGCUGCAGCUUCCUGCCUGAGCCAUACCAGAAGCAGUGUGAUCAGUUUGUGACUGAGUACGAGCCCGUGCUAAUAGAAGUCCUGGUGGAGGUGAUGGACCCUUCCUUCAUGUGCUUGAAAAUUGGAGCCUGCCCUGCAGCCCAUAAGCCUCUUUUGGGAACCGAGAAGUGUGUGUGGGGCCCCAGCUACUGGUGCCGGAGCAUGGAGGCAGCAGCCGAGUGCAAUGCUGUGGAGCAUUGCAAACGUCACGUGUGGAACUAGAAGGGGGACGUUCCAUCUUGGAGAGACUGCAGCAUCUUUUCCUACUUGUGUGUCUGGGGCAGUGAACACUCCCAUCUGUUGACUCUGUUAUAAAAAUAGGUUCCCUUUCCCUCCUCCCUUCCUUCCCGUCCCCCGUAGCAUUGCUGUCCGUGCGGGAGGCGCCUGGCCUGCAGCUGCCCCGCUGCUUCACUGUCCCUUUCCUUUGCCUAGACGGGUGAGGAUGGACCGUGCACUGGAGGGCUUUCAGCCUGCCCUUGUGUGGUGGUUCCCUGGAGGAGGUGGUGGGGGGCUCUGGGGGCUGGCGCGAGCCAGAGCUGCUUGACAGAAGGCUCUCCAUCCUGUUGGCUGGGGCCUUGUUCUGAGCCCUCUGCCUACCCCUCAGCAGGGACCUCCCCUCUUCCUGGGCCGCUCCAGAGAAGCAGAACAAAGGUAGUGUUACAUGAAAGAUCAGAGGCUCAGAAUAGAGGCUUUUUAAAACCACAUAGUUCUCACCGUAGGGGAGAUUCGGGAGGCAUCUGCUCAGGAGGCCUGGGUGGGUCUCGGGGUCGCUGUCCCCGGGUCACCCUCCAAUUCAGCUUUGGGCUGUCUUUCCUGGUGAUGCCUUGGUCGGGGUUCUUUGGAUCUGGGUGGGAGGGGGAAACCUGUCUGAAUGUAGUCUGCUAGCUCCACGUGCAGGUCCUGUGGGCCUGGAGUGUAUGUAUGUGUGUGUGUGUGUGUGUGUGUGGACAGCAGUGGCCGCCUGCUUGCUCUCGUGUCCACCCGGCCGCUGGAGCCUUGCUUUGUGCGUCUCUAGUGCCUCCCGGCCCCUCACCUCCAUCCCCCAUUUCCUAGCUGGUCUUUCUGGCCGUCAGAUAAAUGUGGAUGUAAAUGUGGAUGAGAAGCUCCUAAGCCUCUGUCAGGUAGAGGGGUGCUGGGGGUGCUGUCCCGGGGCCUUGGCUGCCGCCUGUCCCUCCCGUUGGGCCUCCUCUUCUGCCCCACUUCUAGUUGCCAGGAGACAGCGAGACAUGCAGUUGCUAUUAAGUGGACUUAAUGACUUAAUGAUUUUUUUGAUUCGUUUUGCACUAAAGUUUCUGUGAUUUAACAAUAAAUAAAGUCUGUUAACCAGA